UAAGAAGCUCAUGCAGAAGUUAAAAUGCCAGCAGUAAAGUGAAAGAGUGAAAGAGCCAGGAAUGAACCAAUGUCUCUUGUUACUUCUGAUGUCAGUCCUACAUGGAUCUACUCUCAGGCCAGAACUUUCCGGGCCGAGUAUGGCCUUCCUGAAAUCUACAGUAGCAUUUAAAUGUAAGCUGACAGGAUCCCCUUCACCACUGACCUUUGAACUCAUCAAGAACAAUGACGAGGUCCUGGAGAGAAACAGUAACCCAAUAACAUUUUCUCUAAAAGUCAACAUGGGCUCAGAGGGCGUGUAUGUUUGCAGAGUGACAUCAGGAAACCAAACAAGCAUAAGCAACCCAGUACACUUACAAGUAGUAAUUCCUGUCCAAGGUGUCUCCAUAGUCUCAGAACCCAACCCACCUGUCAUUUAUGAGGGAGAGGGGUUUAAGCUGAGCUGUGAGGCCAGAAUGGGGACUCAUCUCGGUUACUCCUGGUACCACAAUGAGCAGGAAAUGUCGUCACCCUCGCCUCUUCACCAUUUUGUUGGUAACAUGCUGACAGUGAAUAGUUCAUCUGAAUGGCAUGCUGGGAGUUACUUGUGUGUGGCCAAAAACUUGAUGGGAAAUAACUCGAGAUCCUCCAGCAGUGAGCAUGUCACCGUUGUGGUAAAAAAAUACAUAUCACCUCCCAGGCUGUCAUUCACACUUUUCCAAAAUGGCACAGGCUACUAUGCUAACCUCAGCUGUCAGUUGGCCUACGGUAGCCCUCCAGUGAUGUUCCAGCUGUUCUUUAAUGGGAAGUCUGUUGAUGUGCAGCAGUUGAAUUUACUGGAAGCUUGGUUUAUUCAGCCUGUUACUAUAGGACUAUAUAUGGGUAAAGUACAGUGCAUAGCGAAGAACAACAUCCAGCACCUUUUCAGUAACUCAAUACGUCUGGAAGUUGUGUUAGUAACAGGGACUGCACUUGUCCAAGUGGAGUACCUUCACAGAGCAGAAUCUGAAGUCACAGCUGUCCUACUCAAGUGUGUGAUCACCGCAGGGACGUUUCCUGUCUUCUCAUGGUCCUUCAAUGGCUCCACUAUACCCCUAGGGGCCAAUUCUCCUACUUUUGUUCAACAUGACCAGGUUAUAGUUCUCACACACAUAAGCCCUGAGAACUCAGGGUAUUACAGCUGUCGAGCGAGGGACAGUUUCAAUUCUGACUCAUCCUGGUUGGAGAGUGAGGAGGUCUUGGUGAAGAUGACAGUUGGCUCAGCGCAGCCUCAACACCCACUCCAAUUGGUUCUUCUGAUGUUGAGGCUCUGAUAACUUGGACCAAAGAUUAACAAGAGAUUUGCUGGCUGGAACAUAGUGUAAGAGCUGGAUAGCAACUGAGCAUGGGACCUGAGAUGAACAUGGGUUUUUGGCAUGUGUCUGAAUGGGAUAGACAUCUUCAAAGUCAUCAGUGGGACAAGCUCAUUUUCCUCAAAACCAACCUGUAUAGCCAGCACAGUGGUUUUAAAACCAGUGAUGUCUUUGGAGCCAGUGACAAAGCCAUCAUGAUGGUUUUAAAAACAGAAGAUGGAGCAAAUAUGAUGCCUUCUAUGUUGGGGGCAUUACAGGGCUUGGCUAAAACAGUGCAUUGCACUAUUCAGAAAGUGCAUGGCAUACUUGUAUGAGGCAGUAUAAGAAUGCAGUUCAAUAAGCUGUCCUCUCAACCUCACCCAGGACACCCUGGAUUUGAUGGAGCCUAAUGCAGGAAGCUACCCAUUUAGGCUGGACAACCUGAUCAUCAGUUGCUCUUGUGGACUUAUUGGUUGUUGCAUCGGAGCCCCUGUCCCCACAAAAAUACUAGGGGUGGCACAUACCCUUUGAUGUGGAACACCAUGUUGAGCAGCAUUAAUUCUACUAGGUUCCUUAGCCUUGAAUGUUGCUGAAUAUCACUUAUAGAUGUGGCACCUGGUUCACACAGAAACCAUAAAGUAAAUCCACUCUGGCUCCCCUGGCUUUGGAUUUGCUGAGCUCUUUCUUCAGACCUAACAUUGCAAGAACAAAUUUUACAGGUUUAUGCUCUACCCCAGCAUGAGGCACUAGCCUAGUUAGCUCGACAGUAGUGCUCCUUACCUUGCCUGCUGCGUUAAAAUGGUGGUCCCGUGUUCUGUCAUGUGACGACGGAGUAACAUCAAGAAUAAAUAGAAUCACCUGAGCAUAAUCAUAAUCAGGAUGUGAAUUAAACAUAACUGACCCAAGAAUGCUGGGAAUUGAAAUACAUAUCACAUACAAAAAAAUACUGUAAGUCCCAUCAAAGUGGGACUACUUGCUGGUAUUGUGAGACCCUAAUUGUCUCUAUAGUUAUUCCUAUAUAUAUAUUUUUUGUCUUGAAAUUGUCAUUAAAAUUAAUAUUUUAUGCUU